CAGUCAUCUUCUGAUACCAAAGCUUUGAGUGGUUUGCGACGUUCUUGAAACUGCCAAACAGUGCUUCUGCUUCUCCUCCCACCAAGUCACUGAUCCCGGUGGGCUCAGAUCAACAAUUCUAAACUUCUAGGCUUCCGUUACAAUGGAGGAUCUCAGCUCCAGUCCGGACCUUCGUCCUACCGAGCCAACCAACUCAUCGUCAUCACCUUCACCACUUCCAGUUCUUACCAAAGAAAAGGUCCAAGAAAAUCCUACGACUACACGCAAACCGCAAGGGAAGUCCCGAUACCCAUCACUCGAGGCGAAUCCGGAUCCAGCCGCCAAGCUGAAGCGUUUCUCGCAGCGGCAGUUCAUAGCAGGCCUCGACAAUACACGAGUGGAGUGGCCGGUGAAAGGGACAUUCCCGGAGAUCGAGCCUGGUCAUAAUUACAAAAAAGCAGUCGAACGGGUCCGCAAAUUCUACGGGAUCUGGAAGAGUCACGGUCUGAAGCAUGCACCCAAAUGCUACGAGCGCUGGGUGUUGUCCCAGCCAGAGAACGAGCGGGAGAGACUCACACAAUGCACAGAUUUCAAGGAGUUGCGUUGUGCCCUGAGUGCCGCAUACGAUGUAGAAUGGGCCUCGUACAUCUUCUCUUGGGCUACGAGUGUCGUCUCGUUUCAAGACUGCUCUUCACUGGGGCAAGAAUUCCUAAAGUACUGUACCAUACAGCUGAUGGUCCGCGCUCACUUAACUGCUCUCCGUCAAAAGUCAACAAAUCCUUCUCCGGAGCUGGCAAAGUUCGACCGUCAGUAUUUACUCGCGUCGUUCGAUGGUCUUCACACACACGAGAAAUGGAGGAACUUGACUGUGGAGGACUUUCCAUUUCGAUCUGUGCCAGCUUUGCGGAAGCGAGCAUGCCUGAGGCGAGUUGAUAUGAAUGCUGGUAGUGAUGGCGAUGUUGAGAUCGAGGGAGAACAUCCUAGGACGAAAGCGCCCGCACACUGUUCUCGGGAUUAGGUCCGUUGGAUGUUCACGGGCCUACUCGUGAGCUAUUUGUACCGGUGGUUUUGAGGGCUUGAAUGACAUUCCCCAAGGGACCUUACAAAGAAUUGGGUAUAAAAUAGCGGAUACUUACUACGCUAACAUUCAGGAUCUGAAGUAAGGCGCAGAA